AUGUCCGUGUGCGUGUCCUCUGCCGGCGGGACACUCGGUGUCGAUGCGAUGUCACUCUCGCAGAUGGCAUUGCCCACGUCGAUGAUGUUGCCACUGGCACAUUCCUCAUCGACCAUCGGUACACACUCAUCGUUACUGAGUCAAUCGAUGGCCGGUGGACAGACAAGCCUCGGCAUGAUCAGCACCCUAGACGGAGGCUCUUCAGCGGGCGGAUCAUCCAGAGCGCUGCAUCACAACAGCACCACCGGCAACAGUAGCAACGGGCACGGUAGUCUCAACGGAAGUCUUACCGGGCUUCAGCACAGUGUGCUCGGUGGCCAAAGUACCACCAUCGGCGCCAGCCUGUCCGGGGAUCUUGCGGAUCAUCAUCCAAAUCCCGAAAUGCUAUUGGCGCUGAUAUCACGUAACAAGGCUCUCGAAGCAACCAUUCCAAAGUGUGGCGGUUGUCACGAACUCAUCCUGGAUCGCUUCAUCCUAAAGGUGUCGGACCGUACGUGGCACGCCAAAUGUCUCCAGUGCAGCGAGUGUCGGAUACAGCUGAACGAAAAGUGUUUCGCCCGCAAUGGUCAACUGUUCUGCAAGGACGAUUUCUUCAAGCGUUACGGGACGAAAUGUGCCGCGUGCGAUCUGGGCAUACCGCCGACGCAGGUGGUCCGACGGGCGCAGGACAACGUGUACCAUCUGCAGUGUUUCAUGUGUUCGAUGUGCUCCCGGCAGCUCAACACGGGCGACGAGUUCUACCUGAUGGAAGACUGUAAGCUGAUCUGUAAACCAGAUUACGAGGCAGCUAAGGCUAAAGGUCUUUACCUCUCCGAUGGUUCACUCGAUGGGGAAUCAUCGAACAAGCGACCGAGAACUACCAUCACUGCCAAGCAGUUGGAGACCUUGAAAAGCGCCUACAACAGCAGUCCAAAGCCGGCGCGCCACGUCCGGGAGCAGCUAUCGCAGGACACCGGGCUAGAUAUGCGUGUCGUGCAAGUGUGGUUUCAGAACAGACGAGCGAAAGAGAAGAGGCUGAAAAAGGAUGCUGGCCGUACCCGAUGGAGUCAGUACUUCCGGUCAAUGAAGGGAACGUCCUCUCCCAGCCGGCACGAUAAGCUGCUCGAUAAGGAUGAGCUGAAGAUCGAUCUCGAUAGCUUCAGUCAUCACGACCUCAGCAACGAUAGCUACAGUACGUCCAACAUGGGCCUGGAGGACGGUGCGUCACCGCACAGUGCCCGAGGGUCUUACAUACACGGCAACGGAAGUCCCCCGCCGUACCUUUCCAGCCACUCGCCUCCGCCCAUGGGACCCGGCCACCCGUACGGUUCCUACCCGGACAAUAUCGUCUACACGCCACUAGGUCAACCACUAAGCUCGAUGCACCCUGGUGCUCGCCGCCCUGGGCUGCACGGUAGCGCAGUGUCGGACCUCAGCAACGAUUCUAGUCCCGCGCACGGCUAUCCCGACUUCCCGCCGAGUCCCGACUCCUGGCUCGGUGAUUGUCCGCAACCGCAAACGCAGCUUCCAGCUACCGGGGCACCGGCGGCACCACCCUCCGUACAACCGCCGCCACCACCACCGUCGCUCGUCGGGGUGAUCGGUCAGCAGCCGACCCAGAACGGAACGUCCGCCCUGCACUACUGA